AUUUAUAAGGUCAUAAAUUCGAAAAAAGCGGAAAUGUUAUCAAAUAUCAGCGCAUAAGUCGCAUAAUCAAAACAAACAAAAAAUAGAAGAGAAAUAGCGGAGCACCUACACCAACCAACACAUGGCGGGCUAUUGCUCGCUCCCGCUGGCACCCGUAACGGCCACCGCUGCCAUGGCAGCAGCAGCAACGGUCGCGGCCGCAGCACCGCCACCCAGCGCCGGACCGACGAUGUAUCACCACCAGUCGAUGACGGCAAUGUCGAAUAACGGUAUUAUCUAUCAAUCGGCGGUACACGCCUCCAUACACAGUUUGAAUACAGUACAAAAUCAACGUUCUACAACAACACAUCAUCACAUUUUAGCGACGGCGACUGCCACAGCAGCAGCGGUAGCGACUACAACAACACGUCAAUAUGGCGCAGGAGGUUCGGCAACAUCGCCGCCGCCACCACCGCCGCCUCCUUUGCCACCCGCACCACCACCCUCUGUGUCGGUGGGCAACGGCAACGUCAGCACCGCAGCGGUGAUGCCGGCUAGCGCUGUCGGUGCAGGCCACCACUCGCUUGCGCUGGCCUUGCCACAGCAUCACACCCAACAAACCCACCAACUCCAACAACAACAGCAGCAACAUCUACACCCGCUGCAACAUCCCCUAGCCCACCAUAAUCACCGUCAACCGCAACAGCACCAGCAGCACCAGCAGCAGCAGCAGCAACACCCGCAACUCCAUCAGUUACAACCCCACCAUCAUCACCACCAGUUGCAACAACACGCGUACAACGCGCAACAGCAGCAGCAGCAUCAUCAUCACCACCAUCACCAUCAUCAUCACCAACAAUUGGCGCUGCAUCAGAACCACUUGUAUUUUAGCGGCGCGGCUGUGGGCGGCCAUAUCGGUCAUCACGGGCAUCCGCACCACCAUCAUCACCAUCGCCAGAUCUUCAGUCAGAUGCAAGCCGCCAUUAUGCCGCUCAACAUAAAUGGCGAACCUAUCAAACUUCCAGACAAUUUGGAGAGCUUGCCAAGAGCUGACAGUUUCCCGUCACAGCGACAUCGGUGGAAUACAAAUGAGGAAAUCGCAGCGAUUCUUAUCAGUUUUGAUAAGCACAAUGAGUGGCAAUCCAAGGAAGUCAAAACCAGACCGAAGAGCGGUUCGCUGCUGUUGUACUCCCGCAAGAAGGUUCGCUAUCGUCGUGAUGGCUACUGCUGGAAGAAACGCAAGGACGGCAAGACCACGCGCGAGGAUCACAUGAAGCUGAAAGUGCAAGGAACAGAGUGUAUUUAUGGCUGCUAUGUUCAUUCCGCAAUUCUUCCGACUUUUCAUCGCAGGUGCUACUGGUUGUUACAAAAUCCAGAUAUAGUUUUGGUACACUACCUGAACGUUCCAUAUCCAGAUGAUAAUAAAAUGGCUGUCAUUGCUCCGAGCAUAACACUGUGGGGCGAUAAGAAAGAGUGGACGAAGGAUGAGCUUGUCAGUCAACUUAAACCUAUGUUAUCCACGGUUACUUCGGAUGAUGACUCUGAUUCCGGCAACGACAUAGAAAUAUCGACUGCCGAGACCGUCGAAUCAUUGGUGUGCCAGUUGAUGGAGAAGCAACGUCUUUCACGGCAGGCGGCCUUGGUCAAGCAGCUGGACUGUGGUUGUGGGGAUGCGUCGUGCGCCGACGGCAAAACUUGCUCGCAUCCGGUAAUGCGGCGGCCUACGCUAUUGAAAUCGGUUAGCGAGAAGCGUCUUAGCAUUGGCGAUGGCUAUGGUCCGGGGGCGAGCGGUACGCCGAAUGUUGUAGUUGGUCAAAAGCUUUACUCGCGUUGGUCGGAGCGGCGGCUACGCGAUGGCAGCGAACAACUACAUCAUCAGUAUUCGGGCAGCCAUCAUAUGCAACAACAGACUUUGCCGCAGGAGUCGGCGAUUAAAUUCCAAAUCAUUCCACCACAACACAACGAACAACAACAGGCUUCCUAUCAUCAACAACAACAACAACAGCAACAGCAGCAACACUAUCGACAGCUGACUGCGCGAAACAAUAUGCUCUUACAGCAACAACAACAACAACAACAGCAACUGCAUCAUCAACAACAACAACAACAGCAUCAGCAAUCAAAUUUCAAUCAAAACUCAUCAACAAUUUCCAACAGCAAUCAUAACAAUCAAUUAAAUUUGCAACGAUUUGUAGGUAAUAACGGCACCAACCACAGCCACAGCCACAACAACAGCAGCGGCAGCAGCAGUAAUAAUGUCAACAAUGGCAGUAAUAAUAAUAAUUCACAUGUAAAUCAUCGCUUACGAAUUGCAAAAACAACAAUAACAGCUACCUCGGGGGCUGCAGCCGCUGCGGCCAUCAUCGAGCAGCAGGAGGGGCGCGUGAUGGGCCUGCAUGAGGAUGAACUAAUUGGAAACCCCAACCACGCGCCGUUAAAUGCCCAUGGCACCCUUAACCGCAGUGGCAGCUUUGGGAGUGUUGGUGGUGGUGGCAAUUGUAGUCAAUUAGUGUUGACACCUCACCAGCAACAACAGCAACAACAACAACAACAGCAAAAUGUAAUAAAUAACAAUAGCAAUUACAGCUUCAAUAAGCAUCAGCAGCAGCAGAAACAAACUGAUGCACACACUUCGUCUACUUCUUCCACACAACAACAGCAACAACAACAGCAAGAUUUUUACAAUCGGCUGCAGCAACAGCAACAGCAGCAGAAGCAAACAACGAAUGACAUAAAUAUGUCCUCCGUCUCCAAUUCUUCCUCGCAAUCACCACAACAGCAACAACAACAACAAAAACAUCAGCAAAUGCACCACCCACAUGCACAUUCGCAAUCUCAAAUGCACACACACCAACAACAGCAACAGCAGCAGCAGUCACAACAAUCACAGCAAGAACAACAAUCAGCAAAUACAACGACUCUGAAUAUUUCCUCGACGACAUUUUCAUCGACAUCAUCGCCGUCGUCGUCCUCCUUGUCGACAGUGGAGCCGAUGUGUAUGUCGCCAGAGCAUCAGCCGUCGACACCAGUGAGUCCAACCACGAUAGGUUUAAGCAGCAAUAGUGAUCCCUUGCAGCAACAUCAACAACAACAACAACAGCAAAACUCAACUUCUUCGGCGAAUAUGGUGGGAGCUGGUACAUUGGCAACAACCUCACCCUCGUCUCAGUCGAUUAUGAAUGAUAAUGUGGGUCAUAAUAAACAUGCGACCAUUGGCGACACAUUGGCUGCCGAGACCACAAGAGUUGAUGAAAAUUUAAUUGGCGAAAAUGCCAGUGAACUGGACAAAUUCAAUUCGCCUGCAGAGGAUGACGAUGCAACGGAGACGUCAUCGGGUAGUGAUAUGAAACACAAUUCAAAUACUUCCAAAAACAACAACCACAACAAUUGUAACGACAACAAUCAAGUAAUAGAGUACAACAGCAACAGCAAUACCGAUGGUUGUGUAAAUAUUGGUGCUUCCAACGAUGAUGCCAAGGUAAACAAUGUACAACAACAACACGAACAAACCAAUCCGAAUUCCCAUGAAGCAUGUGAAACCGAACAACAACAAUCCCAUACAAUUGACUUUGAAUCACUGGAGCUGAGCAGCAAUGGCGGAAAUGGUGUUGGUCAGCAACAACCACACCACCAACGACAAUCAGCUUCACAUUCCACGCACGAUUUCAACGAUUCAUUGAGCUUCCUUAACGAGACACUCGAUCUCUCACAGGAAGAUAUCCAACGUACGCUCGUAGCGAAUUUGCCUUUCGGCGCAACAAAUUCGAAAUUGACAACAACCACAGGCGCUGCCGAGCCGCAUAUGAUGAGCUCCAUCGACUUUUUAGGCGGCAAUUGCGCCGGUCAAAGUGACGAUGAGAUUCUCGUGCAUGGCGUUAGCUGUGAAGGAGACGAUGAGGACGCCGAUGAUGUGUUUGCCCAUUUGGAUGCGUUCGACAUGCUCGUCGAAUUUCCUGAAUUGGAUUUGGAUGAUAAGGAAGCGCUAUCAAAUACCGUGCAGCAACAGCAGCAACAACUACAUCAACAACAUGUCGACAUACACGGUUCAUUAGAGCAGCUAAACAACAGCCAAGCUCACUGCUCUUCUGGCAUGGUGAGUGACAAAAAACUGCUAAAUAUUUGCGACUUCAGUCCGGAAUGGGCAUACACGGAAGGUGGCGUCAAGGUUCUGGUGGCCGGACCAUGGACUGCGAACGCCACGUACACGCUACUCUUCGAUGCACUGCCGGUGCCGACGCAACUGAUACAGGAGGGCGUCUUGCGUUGCUAUUGCCCACCGCACGAGGCCGGUUUUGCUACCCUGCAGGUGUCUUGUAACAACUAUAUAAUCUCUGACACGGUAUUAUUCGAGUACAAGACCACACUGUACCAAGAAGCGCCCUACGAUGCGUACACCAAUGAUUGUCUGUACAAGUUUACGCUACUCAAUCGAUUGGCAUUGAUAGACGAAAAGAUGCAGGUGAAAUCGGAAGCAUCGGCGACGCUGUUCGAGCAGCAGACACUUUUACUCCACAAGAACUUCGAAGAUCAACUAGUGAGUUAUUGCCAAGAGCUCAUGAAACGCACUUGGUUGCAGAAUGGCAGCAACUGGAGUGGCGGCUUCAAAGGUAUGACGCUGCUGCACUUAACAGCAGCGCUCGGCUAUUCGAAGCUGGCUUGCGCCUUGCUCAAUUGGCGCGCGGAGAAUCCAAAUAUCAUACUCGAGACUGAGAUUGAUGCAAUGAGUCGUGAUGUCUACGGUUAUACACCGAUGGCUUGGGCUUGUGCACGCAAUCACGUUGAAAUGACCAUUAUAUUGUUUAAGUGGAAUCAUAAUGCCUUGAAAAUCAAGGAUAAUGCUCAACAAACACCUCUUGAUAUCGCUAACUUCAAAGGCUAUAAGGCGCUCUUGUCGGAAAUUUAUCGUCUGGAAGAGGACCGCUUAAAGCAAAGUAAGAAGAAUACAUUUGGCAACAUAUCCUUGAGUCUAAAUAAAUAUUUGCUGACUGAUGUACAUUCAAAAUCACAGAACACCAACGAACAAAUUUAUGACGUCAAAGACAACGAACACGUUUUCAAUACAUUAGAUGCUUUAGAUAUGCAACGUAGUCAUGAUGGAGUGUUCUUGCGUCCCGUAGCGGUGGCAAGUAAUCAAAGUCCACCGAACGCUAGUCGGUUUUCCAAGCGAUCCUCGGUCGAUAGUGGAAUAAAUAUGGAUAUUCGUACGAAGCCCGGUAAAUCCUUUAAGGACAUAACACGUUUGCAAAGUUUCGAAACGCAUGACAAUUUCAAAUUGGCCGUGGAGUCAACGCUUGACACACUUGUCGCAACAAAUACAACGAACUCCUUACUCUCGCCAUCGCGCAAAAUGGACUUUGCAUUGUGCGAGGUAUCAACUGGCGAUUCAAGUCCCUUACCCGACAAAGAUCACGAUGAUACAUCAACGAUCAAUAAUGAUGAUGUAAACGAUGUGACUAUAAGUAAUGAGAACGAUGCCAUUGUAGGGGAUUCUGAUGCCAAAGUGCUCACCCUAGCCGAGCACAUUAUUGCUGCCAUGCCGGAGCGUAUUAAGAAUGAAGCCGAUGAGAUGAUGGUGCUGGGCAGCCCACUAACGGAACCGCUCAACUCUGAUUCGCCGAGUCUGAAUAAUGGGUUUAUGGAUCCACUCGAUUCACUGCCUAAUGCACACUAUGAGAGCUUCGACUUCAAUGAUCACAGCUACCGUUAUCAUGAUGUUAGCACACCAUGUUCCAGUCUAAGCCCGGCCAGUUCAGGUCCAUUGCAAUCGCCAGCCAGUUACUCCAUACUGGGUGCCGAUCCCUCUGUUAGCUCACCAAGUCCACCACCCUCAACUAAACAGUUGACUGAAUUCUUACAUGCUUCUAGCAGCAGCCAGUAUCCCUUUGAGGCCGACUUCUCGAAGCUAACAUUAACAGAUACGGAGCAACGCGAAUUGUACGAGGCUGCCAAAUGCAUACAGAAAGCUUAUCGCUCAUAUAAGGGCCGCCAGAAGCUGGAGGAGCAAAACAAGGAACGCACUGCCGCCAUUGUCAUACAGAACUAUUAUCGUCGCUACAAACAGUACGCCUAUUACCGGCAGAUGACAAACGCUGCUCUUGUCAUACAGCAUGGAUAUCGUUCGUAUUGCCGCAAUAAGCGCUUCAAGAAAUCACAAUCGUCAUCCAUGUCAAUUGGCAUUGAGUUGUCAGUUGUCGACAGUCAGAGCAGUCCGACAUCGCAGUGUCUAUCGAGCUUCUACGAUCAUUUCCGAAACGAUCAGCAGCAGCAGAAACAACUCGACUUCAGUUCCCAGCCGAGCACACCAAAGGAGACGAGCCCAUCCGGCCCAUUGAAACGUACUUACUCACAAUCAACCCAAAAUCAAGCUGCCAGAAAAAUUCAACAGUUCAUGAGACAAUCACGAAUUAAACUGCAGAGAGAACGAGCAGAAAAAGAGAAGCUGGUGCACCAACGCAGGGCGGAAUACCUUCAAAGCUUGCAGUAUCAAGAACAGCCGGAAAUUGUCUGCCAAGUCGAAAGAAAUGAAAUGUCAACAGCAAGCAUGACAAAUGAGCUUGCCAGCGCGAGUGGUGCAAACAACAACAAUAACAGUAACAUAUUUACCUACCAUUUGGGUCAAAACCAACAAUGA